AUGGCUGACCAAUAUGUCGAGGUUCCUGGAGGCACGAAUAACAACAAUUAUGCCAAUGUUGAACUCAUUGUGGAUAUUGCAGAGCGAAUGGGUGUCCAUGCAGUGUGGGCCGGAUGGGGUCACGCUUCGGAAAACCCAAAGCUUCCUGAGUCGCUAGCGGCGUCUCCGAAAAAGAUUAUUUUUAUCGGUCCCCCUGGUUCUGCAAUGCGAUCUCUUGGAGAUAAAAUUUCUUCGACGAUUGUUGCCCAACAUGCAGGGGUUCCCUGCAUCCCUUGGUCUGGAGAAGGCGUGGAGGAGGUCACAGUCGAUGAAGAGGGGAUUGUAACGGUUGAACCUCACAUUUAUGACAAAGGAUGUACGCACUCUCCGCAAGAAGGCCUGGAGAAAGCUCUGGCUAUUGGCUUCCCGGUCAUGGUCAAGGCCUCGGAGGGAGGUGGUGGGAAAGGUAUUCGGAAAGUCGAGAGGGAAGAGGAUUUCAUCAAUAUGUAUAAUGCCGCCGCCAGCGAGAUUCCUGGAUCGCCGAUUUUCAUCAUGAAACUCGCAGGCAAUGCGAGACAUUUGGAGGUUCAGUUACUAGCAGAUCAAUAUGGUAACAACAUUUCCCUCUUCGGACGGGAUUGUUCGGUACAACGACGACAUCAGAAAAUUAUCGAGGAGGCUCCCGUCACGAUCGCGAAGCCAGAAACCUUUCAAGCAAUGGAGCGAGCCGCUGUGAGGCUCGGGAAGUUGGUUGGCUACGUUUCCGCUGGAACAGUCGAAUAUCUCUACUCCCAUGCAGAAGAUAAAUUUUACUUCCUGGAACUAAAUCCCCGUCUACAGGUUGAGCAUCCCACAACAGAGAUGGUUUCUGGAGUGAAUCUUCCGGCUGCGCAACUUCAGAUUGCAAUGGGAAUCCCCUUACAUCGCAUUCGUGAUAUCCGUCUGUUGUAUGGCGUUGAUCCUAAUACCAGCUCCGAGAUUGAUUUCCAUUUCACCAAUGAAGAAAGCACGAAAACCCAACGCCGACCAAAGCCCAAGGGUCACACCACUGCUUGUCGUAUCACGUCCGAGGACCCCGGUGAAGGUUUCAAGCCCUCCAGCGGAACAAUGCACGAGCUCAACUUCCGGAGUAGUUCAAAUGUUUGGGGUUAUUUCUCUGUUGGUACCUCUGGUGGGAUCCAUAGUUUCUCUGAUUCUCAAUUCGGCCAUAUCUUUGCCUACGGCGAAAAUCGUUCCGCGUCACGCAAGCACAUGGUCGUCGCAUUGAAGGAAUUGAGCAUUCGCGGUGAUUUCCGGACAACUGUUGAGUAUCUCAUCAAACUUUUGGAGACACCUGCGUUCGAGGAGAACACUAUCACUACCGCUGAGCGCCCUGAUCCAAUGGUCGCUGUUAUCUGUGGAGCUGUCACCAGGGCUCAUCUCGCGAGUGAGUCGUGUGUUGCGGAAUAUCGGAGAGGUAUUGAAAAGGGUCAAGUACCUUCAAAAGACGUCCUGAAAACUGUUUUCCCCAUCGAUUUUAUUUACGAAGGAUACCGAUACAAAUUCACUGCCACCAGAUCAAGCGACGAUAACUAUCAUCUGUUCAUUAAUGGAUCAAAAUGUUCUGUUGGCGUUCGGGCUCUAGCUGAUGGUGGACUGCUCGUACUUUUGAACGGACGAAGCCAUAAUGUUUACUGGAAGGAAGAGGCUGCUGCGACACGCUUGAGUGUCGACGGGAAAACAUGUUUGCUUGAGGAAGAAAAUGACCCCACACAACUUCGCACUCCUAGUCCAGGAAAGCUUGUUAAGUACACAGUGGAAAACGGCGAACAUGUCCGAGCUGGGCAACCAUUCGCUGAAGUUGAAGUCAUGAAAAUGUAUAUGCCCCUCAUCGCGCAGGAGGAUGGUAUUGUUCAACUCAUCAAGCAGCCUGGAUCUACACUCGAGGCUGGGGAUAUUUUGGGUAUUCUCGCGUUGGAUGAUCCAUCCAGAGUGAAGCAUGCUCAACCUUUCCUUGGGCAGCUGCCAGAGCUAGGUCCUCCACAAGUUGUCGGCGUCAAGCCCCCUCAGCGUUUCGGCCUCCUCCACAGCAUCUUGAUUGAUAUUCUUCGUGGGUUCGAUAACCAAGUCAUCAUGGGGGCCACCCUGAAAGAAUUGGUCGAUGUCCUGAGAAAUCCCGAACUACCGUAUGGAGAAUGGAACGCACAAGUUUCUGCUUUGCAUUCACAUGUCAUUCGACGAUACAGUGAUGGACUUAAGGUCCAUGAAUAUAAGGUUUUCAUUGGUAUUCUUCAGCAGUAUUGGGAAGUGGAACAUCUUUUCACGGGAAGAAAUAUGCGAGACGAGGAUGUGAUUCUUAAACUGAGAGAAGAAAACAAAGAUGACAUCGACGGAGUCAUCCAAACUGUCCUAUCUCACAGCAGAGUCGGAGCGAAGAAUAACUUGCUUCUCGCCAUUUUAGAUAUGUAUCGUCCAAACAAACCGAAUGCGGGUAAUGUCGGAAAGUACCUCAAGCCCAUCUUGAAAAAACUUGCAGAGUUGGAAUCACGAGCCACUUCCAAAGUGGCUUUGAAGGCCCGUGAGGUUCUUAUCCAGAAGUUGUCGAUUCCAAGUACACUGUCUUCGAUGUUCUCCCUCUUUUCUUCGGACAUCAGGAUCAAUGGGUAUCGUUGGCAGCGAAUCGAGGUGUAUAUCCGCCGGGCUUACCGAGCCUACUCGUGA